CCGGCGUUGCUCGGCGCGACCGUUUUCAUUCGGCGCGAUGCCGUCGGAGCAAUUUCGGAUGGAGACCGUCGAGGCCCUGCGGAACACCCGCAAAGGGCGGCUGCGCUACUGCCGCCACUGGAACCCGCUCGAGGAGAGCCUCUUAGAAGAGGAUAAAUCCCCUCCGGUGCUGUCCCCCUACACAGGUUGGGUGCUUGAAAAAAUCAUCUCCUGUUCUCCAAACUCAGAUCCUCUCCUGGCAAAAUCCACACCUGAAGGAGCAUCCCUUUUCCAUGGUUUAUCUUUAAAGACCGAGGCCUCUCCUGCCAAUCAGCAGAGCCCCCUACCCUCGUUAACAGAAGCCUCUGCUGGUGCCCAGAGGAAAUGGAGCACCCCGGGGAGCAACCAGGAACCUCUCCUCCUGGCCCCUCCAUCCAAAAGCACAGGAGUCGAAGGCCUCAUACAUUUGCACAGGGAGAUCCAGAAGCUGAAAGGGAAGGAGCAGCUGAAGCAGCGCUUGGAGCAGCAGGAGCAGGCGGUGAAGGCCGCCUCCGAGGAGGCCAGCGAGCUGCUGAAACGCUUCGAUGAACUGAAGGAGCUGAAGCAGCACCAGGACUACCAGCACCUGCAGCAGGAGAUCGAGAACAGCUCCAAAGAAGCUCAAGGCCAACAGGAGAAACUGAAGGAGGAGCAUCGCCGCAGAGCCAAACUUUUGAGCCGGAAGCUCCGUGAGGCCGAGCAGCAGCGGCAGCGGCAGGAAGACCUGGAGCGCCAGCGGCGGGAGGAGAGCCAAGAACGCCUGCGCCGCCUCUAUGCCAUCCAGGAGGAGGUUUUGCAGAUCCACCAACAGAUCGGCCUCAACGCCAGGCACAAAGACCUGCCCACCGUCGACUUCUCGCUCUACAACAACCGUGGCAAUCAGCUCUGUGGGGAGGUGUCUGCCUUAGUCCGGAUGGCCAACGAGCAGGCUUUCCCCAGCGAGGCAGAUGUGUCUUCCGCUGAGCACACCCUUCUCAAAAUGCACCAGCUGCUUUCUGACAUGCAGCAAGAAAUUGCGCUCGGCCUGGAGGAGAAGAAGCGGCAGGAGGAGAAAUUGGCUGCGGCUGCGGCUGCAGCAGCCGAGGCCAAAAAAACAGAGGAACUGCAGAAACAGGAGCUGGCAAAAUCCCAGACUUCGGAUCCCGGCAAGCUUGCUGGAGGGCUUCAGGUAAAGGCAGACCCCUCCAUCAUGAAGUGGUACGAAGAGCUGCAGAAAGAAUCGGAACGUUGUGUGGCUUCCUUCAGUCGCUUGGCCAACAGCAAAGACACGCAGGAGAAAAAAAUCAAAAUGGAAUUGCAGAAAGCCGCCACCAUCCCUGUUAGCCAGAUUUCUACCAUUGCAGGUUCUCAACUGAAGGAGAUAUUUGAAAAGAUCAACGGCCUCCUUUCAGGAAAAUACGUGCAGUGCGGCGGCCAUAAAAUAUCCGUCACGCAGCACCCCGAAGGCCUAGAGUUUGUUUAUUUCAAACUGGCUGAAAAGUUUGUGAAACAAGGUGAAGAAGAAGUGGCCGCACACCACGAAGCGGCGUUCCCCAUUGCCGUGGUGGCGUCCGGCAUCUGGGAGCUGCACCCCAAGGUGGGCACCCUCACCUUGGCUCACUUGCACAAAAAGUGUCCUUACGCCGUGCCCUUCUACCCCGCGAUGAAGGAAAGCACCCCACUGGAAGAGUAUCAGAGGAUACUUGGCUACCAAGUGAAGGAUGGGAAAGUAGAGCCCCAGGAUAACUUUCUCAAGCGGAUGUCUGGAAUGAUCCGACUCUAUGCGGCCAUCCUGCAGCUUCAGUGGCCUUACCGAGAUAAGCAAGGGACUCACCCACAUGGAUUAAACCAUGCAUGGCGUUGGCUGGCACAGGUUUUGAACAUGGAGCCGCUGGCAGAUGUGACGGCAACGAUUCUGUUUGAUUUCCUGGAGGUGUGCGGGAAUGCUCUCAUGAAGCAGUACCAGGGGCAAUUUUGGAAGAUGCUUCUUCUGAUCCAGGAAGAGUACUUUCCCAGGAUUGAAUCAAUUACCAGCCCUGGAGAAAUGGGCUCCCUCAUUCGAUUCAAGCAAUUUUUAAAGGAAUGCUCGCAACAAAAGAACAUUCCACUGCCCAAAGGAUAUUUGCCACCUUCUUUUUGGAAAUCGUGAGGCUGGGAUUCCUUGCACUUUUACAGAAGGUGAAAGAACAGAUCGCUUCAGGGUGGUGGGUUGUUUUUUGGGGGGUUUUUUUGGUUAUAAAAAAGUCUGUAGGCAGACAUUUUUAAAAACAACAAAACCAAACAAUGUUUGGAUUCUCUGCAAGAAUCCAGAAUGGCUAGUCAGCUUUUAUUCAGAUUGUCAAAGGCAAUCGUUUAUCUCCCAAGAUUUUCCGCUGGGAUUUGCACUCGCAUCAUUGCACAUGGGUGUGUCCUCCUGUUUUUCCUGCUGUGUCAUACCCACUCAAAUUGGUUUUUUUCCAGUGUCCUCCUGUGCUUUAUUAAUGUCAGAAGUUUAAUGCACAUCAAAAACCAAAGCAUCACCACCUCAGGGUCUGAAACCCUGGGAUUGAAUUGGAAGAGAGGUUAAUUCUUAAUGAAAGUACUGCAGUCCUUUGCAGCAAAAAAAGCCUGGAUUAAUUGCCUUGAAUUAAAAAAAAAAGCAGGCAGAGUGAAAACCUUUGAGCUAAUCCAAGCAAUGCUGAAAGAACAUGAAUUGAUUUGUGGCGUUCAUUCUUUUUUUUAAAAGGUUUUACAGAGCUUUGCAUUUAUUUAAGUAAGAUCCAUCCCCCUCCUCAAAAUAGAAGCAUGAAUGGGAAAAGAAGAUCCCUGCUGGCUGCUUAAUUUUCAUAAAAUCAAGGGAAAUUGCUUAAAAUCAGUCUGGAAGGUUUUCUCUCUCUUGGAUCCAAGCCUAUACAUGAGCAAUAGGACUGUGGAAUUUCCACUUUUUUUGCUAUUUGAAAGCGAUUGGUGGAAAAUGAAGAGGAGUUUAUAUUUUUAUGCAUUGGUGCUAAACCGUGGAGUAUUUCUGAUCAUAUAUGUGUGUGUGUGUGUGUGU